AAGCACCCAACAGCGUAGUCGGGUUUUCGCCAAUGGCGAAAGCAUUCAGAAGAAUGCCCAAAACGGUCGCAGGAACCAGGUCCCUCAUUAGAAGUACAGGGAUUACUGGAUGGUUUUCCUGUUUACCUACCAGACAUUGUCACACACUAUGCAGGUCAUUAUUCCCACCUCGAUUCGGGCCGAGUGCGCGAGGGCCCCGAAGUAUGGCAGAAAAAGCCACCGGCGGUGAUUGAAGCGGUGAGACAACUCGAGACUCAGUCCGACUCUUUGAGAUCCUUCAUCUCUCCUAUUGCCAAACAUAUAUCCACGGACUAUUGCGAUAUGCAAGCAGGCUCGCUUACACCGAAUCAGAACGUGCAACACUCUAUAACCGCGUGCCAGAGUUGUCGAGAUCAGAAACUCCGAUGUAGCCGGGAACGUCCUUCAUGCGCUCGGUGCGAGCGGUUGCAAACCCGUUGUAUAUAUCCCAGUCCCGCAGUUCGCCGGGGUCGGAAAUUGCGCCGUAGCUCUCGCGGCGUGCGCCAGGUAGCCCGCCCUGACCAACGUGGGUAUCGUGACAAUGCCUCCGCUUCUGGCGCACAAGAGACUACUGUCAGCUCAAGCUUUCGCCUCAACAAUCUGGCUUCCUCUCACUGUAGGGAAAUUCAAAAUGAAGAGGGACUCGCUUGGCCGAAUAGCGAAGCACAAGAGGAGCUUAUCAGCUCAACCCCACACUCUGCGGCUCGAACUAGCCACCUUACAGACGGGCUCGAGUCCAUCAAUAUUUCUUCUCAAUCAUACCCAACUCACCUGCAAAACACGAGUUUGAUGCAAGAGGGAUUAAUACCUGAUGUAGACCAGCCGCCUCUGCCACCUCGAGCCCUUGGGCUGUCCCUACUAGACAUUUAUUUCACGCGAAUAUACAAUGCAUCCGUUCUCUUUUGUAAAUCUACCCUAUUCCAGCAAUAUCUCGACGAAAAGGUCCCUGGGGUCCUUCUCAAGGCUUUAUUUGCGUUGGCGACGUUAUUUCUUGCUCGGGAAAACGAAGACAAUGAUGAGGAACCGAUCGCAUGGUCGGAAUUGAGACUUUUGAGCGCAUAUUCAUCCUGCGGGCUUCCAUGGGCAAAGUCGGCUUUAAGGGAAGCUAUGUCAUCGAUCUGCAUAGAACCAUCUCUGACGCUUCUGCAAGCGCUUCAUUGCUUACAACUGUAUUUGUUUGGGAUCGGUGAACCGAGAACUGGUCAUAUAUGUCUUGCAAUGGCCUACCGUUCGUGUGAUCUCCUUGGAUAUAACAAAAAGAUCGUUGAUGGGAUGGAAACGUCCUACAUCUCGCUUGAAUCAGAGCUUCAGCGGCGAUGUUUUUGGGCAUGCUGGAUAUCUACAUGUAUAGUAAUGGAACCGGAGCCGUACGUCAGAUCAUCCUGGCAAGAAGCCUCGAUGAUCCCACUUCCCGCUGCUAUAUCACAUGUAGUUUCCGGUCACAAGAUUAUUAUGGGUGAGACGAUGGACCAUAAUUGGUGCUCAAGCCUGGUGGGAUCUCAGUACAAGAAUACUCGCUCUCCUGUAGCGGCAGCAUUGUUGGUCAAAAUGGUCGGUGUGUGGGCCAAAGUUCAGCUCAUGGUUCGCGAUUGCGCUUCCUCCAGCAUUGCCCAGCAUCUCGAUUCACUGCAAAGACUCUCACGCUUGGCAACCUCAGUCUUUGAUACUACAAUAGCCAACGGGGAUCCAGAAAACUCUCGCAGCGUCCAUGGCGUGGAGAGCACCCCUCUGGUACUAUUCAUCAAAGCCCUUUACCACCAAUGCCAAAUCACUCUGCAUUCAAUGGUCGUUCCUUUAUUUUCUGGUCUUCGCUGUGAGCCCACGAUAGACUCCGAAACUGUGAAGCAAAGUGCCGAGAUUGUUAUAGAACAAGUCGGUAUGUUCGAAGCACUAUUAGCUCCUUAUAUGUAUGGGAAAGGUGAUGCCACGCUUCUACCGCCUUUUGUAGGCUAUGGUGCUUUUAUCACAGGUAGUGUUUCCUUGGCCAUUGAGAUCUCCUGCAAAUGCAAACAAUCGCAAAGAAUAGGCCACGGCUCGCAUCCAGAGAGUCAUGGAUUAUCGGUUGUGAAGGGGACUCUUCGUUUACUCAACACACUGCGAGUUUAUUGGAGGGCUUUACACCAUUCUUGGGUGACGCUUGAUGCUGCACUGCAGCUCCAUUUAUCUAGCUGCAGAUCACAAAAUGAGCAGACCGGUCCACACGCCACUAGAGUCUCCGGUUGUAACCCAUCAGAGACUAAUCCACUGUUGUCGGACCCUCUACCAUCAAAAACUACGGAGAACGUGCGGCCUAAUGCCCAUGAAAGACUGUCAUCGCCGACAGGCCCCUCGCACGAAUAUCAGGGCCCCUUGGUGAGCGACCGGAGCGUUAUAGAAGUCGAUACUACACCACAGGUUCCACAGUCAAUCAUAUCUAAUGACUAUGAUCUCGAUCAAUUUAAUACAGAGCCCGUUAGUACGACAUUCACAACCCGUUCCAGUAUAGUUCAGGAUGAUGCCUGGUAUAAUCUGUCUUUUGCGGAAGCCGGGGUCGAGGAGUUUGCAGGCUUCGGACCCUUACACAUGUUCCAACAAGGGUGGAGGAUCUUUAGUUGAGCAAUGAUCCAUUGAUUUUGUAUUCUUGUACAGCUAGCAUUUGUUCCGUGAGAGGUUGGACUAGUCAGCUUCAGAAGUAGAUUCAAUUGUCAACCAC